CUGCCAAAAAUACAUAAGCGAAGAAGAAGACCGUCCGUUUGAGGUAGCCAUGCCCAGUAGCUAGCAAGUGAGUUUAUCUUUAAAAAUAAAUGUAUUUCAGAGUAUAAGGUUAGAGAUGACAAACUCUCCACUACGGCGGUGGAUCUCGCUUUGAGGUUAUAAUAAUUAGCUGGUGUUUAAAGUAAUGACAUGGCAGUCAACACCUGAGAUGACUUCACAGGUGGACACCAUGCUCCUAGACCCAACAGCAGCUAAAGAUCGACGUGUUUGACCAAGAAGUCGCCGUGACCGCCGCCGACAUGGGAACGACGAUGAGCGAGCCGUGUAUCUACGACAAACUGUCCGAGAGCAUCGACAUCCUCCGCCAGUCGGGCUACCGCUAUGGCAUGUCGGAGAGGGAGAUUGAGAGGUUCAUCAAGCAAGUUCUGGAGACCAACGAGCCCAGGAGAGAGCCUCCCCAGUUCCCCAUCCUGAGAGCCACCAUCAAGUUUGUGGUGGCAGUGGGCUUCCUGCUGGUGGUGGUCCUGGCCUUUACUUACCCUCAGAGUGCCCCGCAGCUGGGUCUGGUCAACCUGGGCUGUUAUAACUGGUCGUCUCCCCUCAGUCACGUCCGCCUGCUGUCCCUGCCCAUCGCCAAGAAGUACAAUCUGCAAGGUUUCCAUGAAUGGUGGAGUGCCGGCUCUCUCAGGCAGAGUCUGGUCAACUGUUCGGGGUGUGCAGAGAUCUCUUCCGUGCUAGAAGUCCCAGAAAGCCUCAGAGGGACCGUGACUCUGCGACGGGGGCCACAGCUCGUCCUGCUGAAGGGUGGGGAGUCCCUCAGCGUCCAGCGGCAGCAGCUCGAGGAGCUCUACUUGGCUCAUUCAGGCUCCAUGUCCAUUCUUCUGGAGGAGGACGACGGCCUGCAGAACCACAACCACGGCCUCCCUCAGGGACCCGCCAACUUCACCCUGCUCUGGAGGUUCAGCUCUGGAACCAGGGAGAAGGUAUUGAGGUGGCUCUUCCCAAAGGCAGAGCUCUGCCCCCUGCUGGACAGCGCUGGGACCAUCCUGCAGCGCUGCCUGGUCACACACAGCACAAACUCCCAGAGCAAGGGUGUUGGGGUGUUGGGCUGGCUGGUGGUGGGCGAGGGGCUGCCAACAGUUCGAGUUCUGCCGGUUCAACGCUGUCAGAAACACUGCAGCUCCUUCAACCUGUGGCUGACACCUGGAGACAUGGUGUACGCUGACCCUCGGUACUGGCAGAUGGAGCUGUUCCCGGGCCGAGGCCAGAACAUCAUAUGCGACGGGUCGGCCUUUUAACAUUGCAGGUGGUGCGAAGCGGAGGAGGACAGAGUUCAGGACUGGGCAUGUGCAGAUCGGCUGUGAAUGUUUGACUUCCUGCAGAGGCGUUGUUCUUGGAGAUCUUCGGCCUUUCUGUGGCCCCGCCCACUAAUGCCUUACAACCCUCCGGUCCUUUUUUUUCUUUUUCCUGACACCACGCUCGUCUGAUAAUCCUCCCAGUGUCCUCAGAGAACUGGAAACCACUGCACACAUGACUGAAGUUUGGAAAUAAUUGGAUUUCCUACAGGUGGAGGUCUGAGCUUUGACACAGGACUUAAUGACUUUGUCCUCGUGUAUAACAACAGAACGUCACCGGUCUGUAAACUCUCUGCGUUAACAGCUCUCAGAUGUUCUGGAUGUGCUCGUGCCAUAGCUUCAAGCAGAACUAUAGCAAUUUAAAAACAUACUUUUCAUGAAACCAUUGGGUGUGUCUCUGUUUCAGAAGGUAGUGAAUCACUGUUGAGUGACCUCUGAAUGAGGACGUCAUCUUUUGGUCUUCAUGUGUGGAUGAGAACAGAAAUAACAACUCUUAAAUUGACAUAUGUCCUUGAUCAGUGAGACAAAGCUCCUAACAACAGUUCUGUGUUGACUGAAAAGGAGGUUGACUGGACAGAUACUAAAUAAGUAUAAUAAGAAUGAAGAGAAACAACUCAGAUAUUCAGUCUGGAUAUCAGGGUCCCUGCAGCUGUUGAUGUUAAACUAAGUUUCAAACCACAGGGAGCUCAGUAAGAACCCACAGCUCUCUUCUAGCUCCAGGCCCCUGGUUAAUCUCAGCCUCACUAACAUGUUCAUCCAGUCACUGAUUGGAGAGAUAGAUGCAUUAAGAGAGUUGGCUGCUGCUCAGUCUUGCUACCAGUGAAAAAAUCCCCAAAACCAUGGAAGAUUUUCUGUUUGUAAAACCUUCUUAGAGCCUAGAAAUGCCAUUUUUAUGUGUGCAACAUCAUCCCAAAGGUAAAGUCUGUGGCUGGAGAAACAGUGACACACUGGGUUGCACAAUACGUUUUUGUCGGCGGGCGCCAUCUUUGAGUCUGGUAUCCAGUUCCUAUAACACAUGCAUGGACGUUCACUACCUGCUCAAGUUCUGAGACACACCUUCUGCUCUUUAUCUGGGUUUUCAUGUUAAAGGAACAGUUCACCCACAUGACAAACAAUCUCUCUGACGCAUAUUGUGAUUUUAAAUUGGACUUUUGGGUGAACUGACCCUUUAACAAGUCACUGCUCAAACUUAUCACAGAGCAUCAGACACAAAAAAUAUUCUAGUUUAUUUUCAUCCUACUUGCCGUUUAUCAACUUCAGAUAUUGUUUUAAAUUUUUAUUUUCAGGAUUUUAUGGACAAAGCUGCUUCUCUAAUUUCAGUGUCGUUAUUUAUUGUUAUGACUGUAUGUAUAUAUAUGUUCAAGCCAUUAAUUUUAACAAUAAUGACGUGUCGUAAUAUUAUUAUGCUUUUUGAUUAUCAUUUGUGAUUAUCAGUACAGACAAGACUCCAUGAAGAGGUAGAGAAUAUAUUUUGUGCAUGAUCGGGAGUUUCCAUGGCUCGAAAAAAAAAAAAGUCUAAUAUUAAAUCAGUUUGCCAAAGUAAAUGCCUGUUUAUUUAUGUGUUUUAAAGACACACUCCCUCAUUUUGUUUUAGUGAUCCAAAAAUUUCCAGACAUGAACUGCUAAGAAAAAAUCAGGGGGUGAAUCUUUUAAAAUGUACGCUUUGCAUAGAAAUGUCAUAGUUUUAUGAGAAAAUUAAAACUUGUCAUGUAUUUGCUUC